CACUUUGUCCAUUCUUUCCCCAUCCAUGUGCUUAAAGCAACUUCUCUUUACUUACCCUUUCCCUGUCUUUUAUGUUCAUUCCAAAUUUCAAAUCAAACAUUUUUGUGAUUACUCCUGUUAGCCUUAGCAGUUAGCACAUAAUUGAUAGAUAUAGUUAUAUAGCAAAUUUCACUCGCUCACAAUCACCUUUUCCCUCUCUUUUUCUCCUCUUUUUCUAUUCUUUUAUGAAGAAACAAGAGACCCUGAUGAAAAGGAACCUUUUUUCAACUGAUUCUCAAAUAUUGUAGCCAUGGCUACUUUUAGACAGAUCCUUCUGUUUAUAUUAUGAUCCAAAAAAGUCACCUUUUUUCAGCAGAUAUACUUGUUCAGGUAAUUUUGUGGCGGCUGCUGCUGUUGCUGUCGGUGGUGGUGCCUUGAUGAUGAAGGAUUUUCCUUCUUGUUUUGGAGAGAAUGGUGUUCAGGUAGCAGAUGCAUCGUCAUCUUCCUCCUCUUCAAUCACAACAUCAAGAGCAUCACAGAAUGUGGUUACUUGUGUCUAUCAGUGCAAGCUAAGAGGAUUUUCUUGCUUGAUCAUCAGUCUCUCAUGGAGCAAGAAUCUCAUGGGUCAAGGCUUCACUGUUGGAAUAGAUGAGAUGAACAAUCGUCAAAGCCUCUGCAAGGUUGAUAUAAAACCAUGGCUCUUCUCAAAGAGAAAAGGGUCCAAGAAUUUGGAUGUUGAAUCUAGCAGAAUACACAUACUUUGGGACUUGAGCUCUGCUAAAUUUGGUUCAGGGCCAGAACCAUUGGAAGGGUUCUAUGUAGCUGUUUUGUUCGACAAAGAAAUGGUGUUGCUCCUAGGUGAUCUCAAAAAGGAAGCAUGCAAGAAGGUUAAUAGUGACUAUGUUCAUUAUGUUAAUGAAGCCAUUUUCAUUGCAAAGAGAGAACACAUAUUUGGCAAGAGAUUCUACAGUUGCAAGGCUCAGUUUUGUGACAAGGGUCAAGUUCAUGAUGUUAGGAUUGAGUGUGACGCAACAAUAGGUGUUAACAAUAAUAACAGUGAGCCUUGUCUUGUGAUUAGGAUUGAUAGCAAGACAGUGAUGCAGGUGAAGCAACUCAAGUGGAAGUUCAGAGGGAACCACACCAUUUUGGUGGAUGGUUUAGCAGUGGAAGUGUUUUGGGAUUUGCAUAAUUGGCUCUUUGGAAAUGCUUUGGGAAAUGCAGUGUUCAUGUUCAGAACAUGCAUUUCAAGUACUGAGAAGGGGAAAUCAUCAGUUUCAGAUCCUAGUGUUUUGUCUCAACAGUUAAGGGAUUCACAGUUACAAUUCUCUCUCAUUUUGUAUGCUUGGAAGAAUGAGUAGACAAUAGGGGACUUAAUAAUAAGCAAGAAAGGAUGUUACUAUUCUUGAGGGUUAUACUGAUAUUGCUAGCCACAAUUUUCAACAAACAUGUGAUCAUACAGUUUUCUCUCCCUUUUCUUGUGCUUUAUAAAUAAUUUGCAGCUUUUUAAA